UAUGGUCUUCUAGAUUUCCUUCCUUAAGUAUAAGGCGGGCGCAGCCAUUGACCCUUAUAUCUCCCAACAAUAAACAAAACAUAACAGAACACCAUCAACAGAACCGUUACUCAAGCCUUGUUUCAAAUAUCCUCUUACUCUGUUCUCUUUUGAUCUUUUCUGAUUCUUCAAGACAGGAUAAGGUUCUGAGAAACUUCACUUUUGUCUUUAUUUUUUUUCAGGGUCCCCCCCACCAAGCUUUACUUACAGUGUCUCUCUCUUUUUCCACGAAAAUCACAUUUCAUUCAAAGUUUCGCACCUAACUUCUAAGAAGGUUGCUAGGAAACCCAGGAAAUAGUCACACCCAUUAUAUGACAGGGGUCUCACCGAGUCUCUCCGAAUUCAUUUGAAUAUUUCAUGUUUCACACUUCAUAGUUAAUAGGAAGCAGAUUAUUUAUUGUUAUUUAGUGAGCAAAAGUUGGUUCGUUGGAGAAGUUUGAAGAAGAUGAUGGAGAGCUACCUAAAAGAGAAUUUUGAUGUGAAGCCUAAGAAUUCAUCUGAAGAAGCACUUGAGAGAUGGAGGAAGCUAUGUGGGAUGGUCAAGAACCCCAAAAGAAGGUUCCGUUUCACUGCAAAUCUCUCCAAGAGACAAGAAGCAGAUGCCAUGCGUCUUGGCAACAAGGAGAAGCUGAAGGUGGCAGUUUUGGUUUCCAAAGCAGCAUUUCAAUUUAUCCAAGGUGCACAAGUGAAACCAAGUGAUGAAAAAGUACCUGAAGAAGUUAAAGCAGCAGGUUUCGAAAUCAGUGGUGAUGAAUUGGGGACUAUUGUUGAAGGCCAUGAUGUGAAGAAGCUGAAAUCUCAUGGUGGGGUUGAUGGCAUUGCAGAGAAGCUUUCUACAUCAACCAGCAAGGGGCUUAGCAGUGAUCCUGAUUCACUGAGCAAGAGACAAGACAUAUAUGGGAUCAACAAAUUCGCCGAAAGCGAAGCCAAGAGUUUCUGGGUUUUUGUUUGGGAAGCCCUUCAAGACAUGACUCUGAUGAUACUUGGAGUGUGUGCUUUUGUGUCUCUGAUAGUUGGCAUUGCAACAGAAGGUUGGCCAAAGGGAGCACAUGACGGUCUUGGCAUUGUUGCCAGCAUACUACUGGUUGUGUUUGUGACAGCAACCAGUGAUUACAGGCAGUCAUUGCAAUUCAAAGAUUUGGACAAGGAGAAGAAGAAGAUUUCAGUUCAGGUAACAAGAGACGGUUGCAGGCAGAAGAUGUCAAUAUAUGAAUUACUUGCUGGUGAUAUUGUGCAUCUUUCAAUUGGUGAUCAAGUACCUGCUGAUGGACUAUUUCUCUCUGGAUUCUCUCUGUUGAUUGAUGAAUCAAGCUUGACAGGGGAGAGUGAACCGGUUAUGGUGAACUCUGAGUAUCCAUUUCUUCUUUCUGGAACCAAGGUUCAAGAUGGAUCUUGCAAGAUGUUGGUUACCACUGUGGGAAUGAGGACUCAAUGGGGAAAGUUGAUGGCAACUCUGAGUGAAGGUGGAGAUGAUGAAACUCCAUUACAGGUUAAAUUGAAUGGAGUUGCAACCAUUAUUGGCAAGAUAGGCCUCUUCUUCGCCGUGGUUACAUUCGCGGUUCUUGUGCAAGGACUAGUGAGCCGUAAGCUCCAAGAAGGGAGAAUAUGGAGCUGGAAUGGAGAUGAUGCUUUGGAGAUGCUGGAAUUCUUCGCUGUCGCGGUUACCAUAGUAGUUGUUGCUGUCCCAGAAGGGCUGCCACUGGCUGUGACAUUGAGCCUUGCCUUCGCCAUGAAGAAGAUGAUGAAUGAUAAGGCCCUUGUGAGGCAUUUGGCCGCGUGCGAAACCAUGGGAUCUGCCACAACUAUAUGCAGUGACAAGACUGGAACUCUAACAACUAAUCACAUGACUGUUGUGAAAACAUGCAUUUGUAUGAACACCAAUGAAGUGAGUAACAAUAAGGCUUCUGAUUUGUGUUCUGAGCUUCCUGAUUCUUCCAUGAAACUGCUCCUUCAGUCAAUAUUCAACAACACUGGAGGAGAGGUUGUGGUUAACAAACAUGGGAAGCGAGAGAUCUUAGGGACACCAACAGAGACUGCAAUCUUGGAGUUUGGCUUGUCACUUGGUGGAGAUUUUCAAGCAGAGAAACAAGAAUGCAAUGUUGUUAAAGUUGAGCCUUUCAACUCCACCAAGAAGAAAAUGAGCCUUGUGGUGGAGCUCCCUGGUGGUGGAUUGCGUGCACACUGCAAAGGUGCUUCUGAGAUCAUCCUGGCCUCUUGUGACAAGGUGCUUAACUCCGCCGGCGAGGUUGUCCUGCUCAAUGAAGAAUCAAAUAACCAUCUCAAGGCUACAAUAGACCAGUUUGCUAAUGAGGCACUCAGAACAUUAUGCCUUGCCUAUAAAGAAUUAGAUAAUGGAUUCUCUUCUGAGGAUCCAAUUCCUGAUUCUGGCUAUACUUGUAUAGGAAUUGUUGGUAUCAAGGAUCCGGUUCGCCCCGGCGUUAAGGAAUCUGUAGCAGUAUGCCGCUCUGCUGGAAUCACAGUGAGGAUGGUUACAGGAGAUAAUAUCAAUACUGCCAAGGCUAUAGCCAGGGAAUGUGGGAUCUUAACAGAUGAUGGCAUAGCCAUUGAAGGUCCAGAGUUUAGAGAGAAGAGUGAGGAAGAAUUGCUUAAACUCAUUCCCAAAAUUCAGGUAAUGGCUCGGUCGUCGCCUUUAGACAAACAUACAUUGGUGAAACACUUGCGUAACACGUUUGGGGAAGUUGUAGCUGUAACUGGAGAUGGAACAAAUGAUGCUCCAGCACUUCAUGAAGCUGACAUUGGACUUGCUAUGGGCAUUGCUGGAACUGAGGUUGCAAAAGAAAGUGCUGAUGUCAUAAUUCUAGAUGACAACUUCUCCACAAUAGUGACAGUGGCCAAAUGGGGACGUUCUGUUUACAUAAAUAUUCAAAAAUUCGUGCAGUUUCAGUUAACGGUUAAUGUGGUUGCAUUGAUAGUGAACUUCACCUCAGCAUGUGUGACAGGAAGUGCACCCCUCACAGCUGUUCAACUUUUGUGGGUGAACAUGAUCAUGGAUACACUGGGAGCACUAGCACUAGCAACUGAACCUCCGAAUGAUGAUUUAAUGAAGCGUUUGCCUGUUGGAAGGAAGGGCAAUUUCAUCAGCAAUGUCAUGUGGAGGAACAUCUUGGGACAAUCAUUGUAUCAGUUUAUGGUGAUAUGGUUUCUUCAGUCAAGGGGGAAAUCGAUAUUUUCGCUCGACGGCCCUGACUCGGAUCUGGUCUUAAACACACUCAUUUUCAACACAUUUGUCUUCUGUCAGGUUUUCAAUGAGAUUAACUCACGUGAGAUGGAGGAAAUAGAUGUUUUCAAAGGCAUAUUGAACAAUCAUGUUUUCGUGGGUGUCCUUACUGCUACUGUUUUCUUCCAAAUCAUAAUAGUGGAGUACUUGGGAACCUUUGCAAACACAGCACCUCUAACUCUGGUUCAAUGGUUCUUCAGCUUGUUGGUUGGAUUUUUAGGCAUGCCAAUCGCAGCUCGCUUGAAGAAGAUCCGUGUUUGAAGAACUUUGUUGUGCAUAAUAACUCUGUUCAGAAGAUUGUUUAUGGUUGGUUAUCACACAGCUUCAAGGUCUCUUGUAGAUUACUAACUAGUUUAUUCAAUUGUUUGUUAUAUGAAAAGAGAAUGGUAGAUGAAAGGACGCAGCAAAAUACAGUGUGUAGAUAAUGCUGACUCCUUUAGCACUGCUAGAAUGAAACUCUUUCUAGGAUUUCAAUUUUUAUUUUUCUAUUUAUGCAUUUAUUUUGCAAUUUGUCCGAGUGCAUUUCAUUGGAUUUUUUAAGGGAAAAAAGAAAAAACUUGUAAUGCACUGGCAAAUGAUAUUGCUUUAUGCUAUUGCUUCAGUUGCACUGUAAAUGAAGAGUUAUGUAUAUUGGGCAUCUAAAGGCCUCUUCAUAUUAUUUAGACUGAAUGAUACUGAGGAGGUGAAACAUUCAGAAAUAAAACUAGUUCUAACUUUCUAUUCA